UAUACGUCCGCUUUUAUGAAGAAUUAGUUUGUAGUAUUCUGAAGUGGGGUUGUAACAGGUAUUUACCCUUUCAGUGCACUUUGUUCUCUGUAGAAACAUUUCCUUGUGGCUCCCUUCCCAGGAACCAUAUGAGUCAAACACUUUUGUCAUUACAUGCAAGGUAACCGAUUGCAUAUUUGCAAGAUUGCAAACUUUAAUAAAUGAUAAACCGAUGACACAUUCUGAAUUCAUCCAUCCUCUAGUCAAACCCUGGUCACAGCCCGCCUCUUCUUCCUCCUCACUUUUUCUUUAAAUAGUCCCUCUUUUCGCUUACCCUAUCAUAUAGUUUUCUUUUUUGGAAAACUGUUGUGCCUUUAUUGAAUUAUACGUCAAGAAGAACAACUUUAAAAUCAGGUAAAAGUACUACAUUUUUGCUUUCCUGUAGAUUUUCAAUGAAAUUUAAAUUUGUAAAAUCUCAGACCUUAAUGGAUUAAGAACUUUAAUGUAAAACAUUUAUUUGAUGUACUCUUUCUGUACUCUUUCUCACAACUUUGUGUCAAGUUGUUCUGUCUAUAAAUGACUAAAUGAAUCAACUGUGUAAAACCUAUUAAGGUGUUUAAGGGUUCAGGACAUUGUUUGGCUUUCUGAAGCUGCAGCAGUUUUUAGUUUGAUAACAUUUUUCAAACACAUUUGGUGCUGAAUUAGGCAUUUUUCCCUCCUCGUGAAUACACCCAGACCUUUAAAACACCACCCUGUAAUGGAAAUAAUAUUAUUCUGGUGUUUUCUCAAGCAAGUUUAAUUUUUUUAUUUUUGUUUUUGUUUUUGCUACUCAUGUCCUCACUUAACCCUCAACGGCUUCCUCAGAAAUGGUUUCUUAUCUUUUCUUUGGAAGUAUUCGCCUACGGGAUAAGAACCUGCAUUAACCAUAGGCAGACGUCUGUAUUGUAAUGAUCCCUUUAUAAAGGCUUAAUAAAUCAUGAAAGGACUGGGUUAAAGUCUAAUCUCAUUAUGUCAGAUCAUGACAAAUCCAUGCUGAAAUUUUGUUUCAAAAACUUUAGAUAUUUUAUAGAUUUUUGUAGAUGUGUAAAACAUUUAAUUUGAAGUACUCUUUCUGUUCCCAUAGGUCAGCCCGGUGCACUCUCAAACACAACCUUCAGUUGACUCAGUACACUUUCUCGUGCCAUCCUGCCAUCAAACCUCCUCAUCCUAUCUUCAGAGCAUCGACCUUACUCACCAUGUCCGACCAACCCACCCAGUCCUACCACGAAGGGGCCUAUAAGUCCCUGAUGAGAGGCUUGACAGAGCUGAACAUCCUUGUGGACAGUGUUCCCUGUGAGCUGGUGCUGAGUGGAGACCAUGCCUUUCCUUUGGCAAUGAACAGCCAAGGCCAGGUCCUGAUGGCGGCCUCUCUGUACGGCAGUGGAAGGAUUGUGGUCCUGAGUCAUGAGUCCUACCUGACCCUCUUUCCUGCUCUGGUGGAGAACGCAGUGACCUGGCUGAGAGGAGAUGGAUCUGAUAACCUGUCUGUCGGGGUCCACAAUAGCGCCAAGUGGGUCGCUAAAAACCUCAGCAAGUCCGGCUUCAACGUCCAAGUUGUUGGGAAAUUCAGUGACAGUGCUGGGGUCGGUGUGUAUGUGACUGAUGCCUACAGCGUGGCUCCAGACGCAAAUGACCUGGUGGCGUUUAUGAAAGCUGGAGGAGGAGUGCUGAUAGGCGGGCAGGCGUGGCACUGGGCUACAAGUCAUCCUCCCGAGACCACAAUUCUUCAAUUUCCAGGGAAUAAGGUGUCUGGUGUAUCAGGGAUCAACUUUACUCCAUAUUAUGGGACGGCAGAGAUCCUGCCUGUUCCCCCUCACAUCCCAUCCUCAUGGAUGGCUUUACGUGUUGGUAAAAAUUUUGAGGAUGACUGGAAGUCCUUACUUCAGGGGGUUUCAGAGUUUGACCUCGGGCGUGAUUUAGUGGCUUCUGAGGUUCUGGUCCACGGCCCACUAGCCUUCCCCAUUGGUACCACUGAGGAUGGGCGAGCGUUCCUGGCAGGAACCUACUAUGGGAAGGGACGAGUCAUUGCGAUUGCACAUGAAGCUCCUAUGUCAUCAAAGGCACUGUCUUCAUUUUGGAACAAUGCCAUUGGUUGGUUGGACCAAGGCCGGAAGGGGGUAGUUGGUGUUGUGCCAGGGCGCGGCUAUCUCAGCCAGUCAGGGUUACAGUAUGAGGAGACAGAGUUCAGGAAAGACCUGAGUGUGUUUGUUUGUGACGUGUACAGCGACCAACACAUGGAGGAAAUCCAAGACUUUGUAGCAGAGGGAGGAGGCCUGCUGAUUGGUGGACACGCAUGGUACUGGGCACAGACUCAUCCUGGGCGAAACCCAAUGACUGAUUUCUUAGGAAACAAAAUCCUGAACAAAAUGGGUUUAAGCCUGUUGGCGGCAACGAUUGGAGCAGGUACCUACAAGGCCACGAAGGAAACAUACCACUUUCGCCAGGUUCUGCAUUCCUUUGUUGGUCAUGUUACCCAGGGCACAACACUCACCGAGCAGGAUGAGGAAGAGCUUGAAAAACUGGAGUCUGGGUGCAUCAACUUCUUGAACAUGAAGGCCUAUGAUAGCUACUCCUACACACAGGUGCUGACCAUCCUCACUGACAUGUUGAAGUCCCACAUGCCACAGGUGAGUGAGAACAACCCUGUGAAGACUCCCACGGACCACCUACUCCUCAGUCUCGGGAUAGAGGUAUAUAAUGUGUCCCCAGAUCGUGAUGCUCUCCUGCCGUACCUCAUCCAUGAUGCCAAGAUGCCUUUUGUCUACAACCGAAGGCUCAGGAUUAAUGCUGACACAGCAGGAUCGGCCGAGUGGAUCAGUACUGGCCUGUACCUCUCGCCGGGUUUGAAGACUGAGAUGAUCAUGCCAGCAGAACUCGUCAACAAGAACUGGAUGGUUCAGAUUGGUUGUCAAUCAGACUACCUGAAUCAUGAAGAGUUGAAGAGAGCACCGCGUGUUCAUCAGACAUUUCUUAUCGACGCGGAAAAGAUGGAGGUGUGGAACCUGUGGGGGGGACUCAUCUACCUGGUGGCUCCACCCAACACGAAGGUGGAGGGGGCAGAGGUCAGAGUGCAGAUAGCCAUGCCUGCUCCUUAUUAUAAGUGUGGUGUGACCACAGCAGAUGAGUGGCCGUCGCUGCGCACAGCUCCUGCACCCUGGGCAGAGUUUGAGUUUGACAACAUCGUCCUUACUGUCCCAUCAGAAGUUAUUCGAGGCCUGGAGCGCCCUGAUGAGGUGGCAGGGCUCUGGAAUGACAUCAUGAAGGGAGUUGCAGAUCUGGCUGUCAUACCACGAAAGUUUGAACGCAAAGAGCGCAUUGUUGCAGAUGUGCAGAUUUCUGCUGGUUGGAUGCAUGCUGGUUAUCCUGUCAUGAUGCACUCAUCUAUAGCAUCUGAACUGUUCAGACUGAAUGAUGCCAGGACCAAAGGCCUGUGGGGAGAAACUCAUGAACUGGGACACAACCAACAGAGAAGCAACUGGGAGUUCAGUCCACACACCACAGAGGCAACAUGCAACCUGUGGUCAGUGUAUGUGCAUGAAGAGGUGCUGGGGCUCAACAGGGCAAAGGCUCAUGAAGCUUUGACCUUAAAAGAGCGGAAGGAACGUGUAGAAAAGUACAUCAGGGAGGGCAGGAACCUCAGCAACUGGAAUGUGUGGGUGGCCCUGGAGACAUACCUGCAGCUCCAGGAAAGGUUUGGCUGGGGUGCCUUUAAGGAAGUGUUUGCUGCCUACCACGAGAUGAGCGGUGUUCCUACUGACAACGACGGAAAGAUGAACCUGUAUGCUGAGACGUUCUCCAGGGCUGUGGAGAUGAACCUGUGUGGAUUCUUUAAGGCCUGGGGCUGGCCCAUAACCAGAGCUACUGAGGAGAUCCUCUGCAGCCUGCCUCCCUGGAGGGACCACCCCAUGGUCUAAUAUCACUCAACUCACAAUGCUGCUGAUUGAAGUUGUUGAGAGAUGUUUGUCCAUUCAUAAUCAGGAAUAGGAUUGUAAACUCUGCUUAUUUCAGUAAUUAUAGUGUUUAGGUGAGUGGGCUUUAAAAUCAAAAAUAUUCAUCAAUAUGAGCGACUCUUUUCACAUUAUAUACAGUUGAAGCCAGAAGUUUACAUACACUUUAUAAAAAGACACAUAUGCUUUUUUUCUCACAGUCUGACAUGAAGUCAGAGAAUCACUUUUCCUGUUUUAGGUCCGUUAGGAUUACCAAAAUUAUUUCUAUUUGCUAAAUGCCAGAAUAACGAGAGAAUGAUUUUUUUUAGACAAUUUUUUAUUACUUUCUUCAAAGUCAGAAGUUUACAUACAUUAAUCAAAUCAAUUUUAUAUAUAUAUAUCCCAAAAUCACAAAUCACAGAUUUGCCUCAAAGGGCUUCACCUUGUGAAGAUGCUGGCUGAAGCUGGUAAAAGUGUGUCAUUAUCCAGAGAAACGAGUCCUGAGACAUGGGCUGAAAGGCCACUCUGCCAGGAAGAAGACUUUACUCCAAAAGAAUCAGAAAAAAGACAGAUUACAGUUUGCAAAUGCACACAGGGACAAAGACCUUAAUGUUUGGAGAAAUAUCCUGUGGUCUGACACACUUAUACUUAUGUGGUUUAAUUUGUUAACUUGUGUAAUCAUUUGAAAUUCAAUAAAUCUCGACCUGAAAAGUAACUAAAGCUGGCAGCUAAAUGUAGGAAAAAGUACAAUAUUUGCCUAAAAAGUGGAAGUAGAAGAGUAGAAGUAAAUAAAUAAAUAAGUAAGUUAGUAAAUUCCACACAUAAUAUAUUAUGUGUGGAAAUAUUCAAGUAAAGUAAGUACCACAAAAUCAUACUUAAGUACAGUACUUGAGGAAAUGUACUGAGUUACAUCCCACCACUGGUAUGCAGUUUUCAUAUUUCCUGUUUUAUUUUGUCUUGUUCCCACUACCUUGAUGACCCGCGCUGUGUCUCAGUCCUGUCCUCUCCCCUUGGUCUGUGCCAGUCCGUCUUAUACCCUCGUGUCAUUUGUUCCUGCGUUCCUUACAUGAGUUUUCCUUUGUGUUGUUUGACCAGUUUUUUGGAUUUCUGAUUCUGCUUAUUUAGCAUGUCUGACUGCAUUCACAUGUGCUGAACCCUGU